AUGGGAAAUUCGCAACCUCGUAAGAAUUCGGUUUUAAAAAACGCUUAUUGCAUGCUUGAAAAUGCGGAGCCUGUCUAUGAAAAUCACGAGCUGGGUGUACUCACAGAAGUUAUUUGCUUUGUCAUAACAGGAAUUAUAACAUUAACCUGCGAACGCUUUUUCAUCGAUUUCUUAGUGGAUAACAAGGCUGGCGAUAUAGCGCUUCAUCUCAAUGCUCGUCUCCCGCAUAAUUAUAUCAUUCGAAAUAGCCGAGUGAACAAACGAUGGCGCGUAGAGCAGAAUGCUUCAUCAUUACAAUUAUUGUUGAAGCGUGGCAAAAGAAUCGUUAUGCAAAUACUUUUAACCGAUGAUGCUUUUCUAAUAUCUGUGAAUGGCUACCAUUAUGCUGCGUACGUGCAUCAGAUACCGUAUAAGUGGAUUACUUCUAUGUCAGUAAAGGGUGAACUAUUGGAGUGGAGAGUCAGUCUUGCACUUAGAGCUAUUAAAUGGAAAGAGGAAAUAUCUACACCCUAUAUCGCUAGAAUACCUAGGAAUACCAUGAAACCAGGACGUUUCCUUAAGAUCGAAGGACGUGUGAAAUUAUUGCCAAUAUCGUUUGAUAUUAACUUACAAAGGAAUGUUUAUCAUUGGCCACCGCCAGUGGUGGCAUUUCAUCUGGGCCCACGCUUUUCGAAUAAAUCAGAAAACAUAUCAAGGGCUACAAUUGUUCGAUGCGCAUGGUACGAUGGCGCCUGGUCGCCUGAGGAACGUUCAUAUAUUGAUACAGACUUUCUGCCGGGGAAAGCUUUCCGUUUGGCUAUAGCUUGCGAGGAAGAUGCGUACGAGGUGUACCUGAAUGGAAUGGUCUUUAAACCCUAUUGA